CCUCCCACCACGCAGUCUGAAAGGGCGAAUCCAGACCACACAUCGGGGGAAAUGCUGUCGAUUCUACGAAAGGCGAGAUUGAAAGACAAGGAGAUGCGGAUACUCAUGCUGGGGCUCGACAAUGCCGGGAAAACGACCAUUGUGAAGCAGAUUAUGAACGAAGACGUUACGACAGUCAGCCCCACGUUGGGAUUUAUCAUCAGAACGAUUGAUUUCAUGGGAUACAAACUUAAUAUUUGGGACGUGGGAGGCCAGAAAACCCUCCGAUCAUAUUGGAAAAACUACUUUGAGAAGACUGACACCCUGGUAUGGGUGGUCGAUGCCACCGAUCGGCUGAGGGUAGACGACUGUCGCGAUGAGCUUGCUGGGCUACUGCUUGAAGAGCGACUCAUGGGAGCCAGUCUUCUGGUUUUUGCAAACAAAACGGAUGUCGAGGGGUGCAUGACCGGGGAUGAAAUCCGCCAGAGUCUUCGCCUGGAUGCAAUCAAGACACAUAAAUGGACAAUCCUUCCCUGCAGCGCCAUGACUGGGGAGAAUCUCGAGGAAGGGUUGGAUUGGAUAGUUCAAGAUGCCAAAGACCGACUUUUUUUAUACUAAUAGUACACCGCUUCUGGUUUUUUAUAGCCACCGACGGGUCGCUACCAGAUAUACGCCUAUCUAUAUGAGUACAUAAUGAGCCGAAGGUUAAUACAUUCUCUUCCAGGACGGGU